AUGACUCAGCACAGUGUCAAAAGGACGUAUGAAUGCUUGUACACACACCAGAAAAUACAGAAAAGUAAAAAAUGGCAAGAAGGUUAUUGCGAAAUUAUAGCUAGCUAUGGCGUUAUAAAAAUAAAUCUCCUAAAUCAAAACAAAAGCUGUAUUGAAAGCUCAAUAAGUAACAUAAUAAAUUUUCAUAAUGUUGAAGAGGAGAUAGAAUUAUCAAAUCAUUUAAUUCAAUUUGUUGAUAUUAGCAAUUAUGUAGAAAAUGUAAUUAAAAGCGAGACAGUCAAGAAAAGAACGAAUGGGUUUACAACACAAGAAGAUAAAGAAUUAUGUAAAAAUAAAAAAAAAAUAAAAAUUAUUGAACACUCGGGGAUUCAUAGUAAUAUUACUACUUCUACAACGGAUAAUAAAGUACCCGAAAUUAAGAACGAUGUUGUAUUCCCUAUUAGGAAAACAGAUAGAUAUGUGCGAGCCAAUAGAAAAUUUGAAAUUCCAAGAAGGAUUGAUGAACAUGUGGAAAUAAAUAAGAAGGAUCGUUUAGGAGGAGAAUAUAUUGAGGAAACGAGGAAAGGAAUGAGGGAAGAUGGGACACACAAUUCGGAAAGCUAUCCUUUGGAUGAAACAUCUCGUGGUGCAUUCCCAUUUGAGAUAGGAAAAAACAAAAGAGAAAUAUAUGAACAACAAGAGGAAGAACUUAACGAAGAGGGCAACAACGAACAGUUCAGUGUAACUUACACAAACAUACACAUGUUUAAUAAGAAGAAAAAUGUAAAGUGGUAUGAUGGUUACGUUAUAAAAAAAAAAAAAAAAGGUGUGUUAGAAUUAUACAAUAAUUCAGAAGGAAGGUUGUACAUACGAAAUUGUGAUAACAAUAUAUAUAAUGAAGAAUAUGUACAAUUUGGAAAUUAUAUUGUAUACAAUGACUUUUGUUCCAAAUUUGUUAAGAAUGAAUUUUCUUCUCUUUCUGAGAAACCAAGGAGAAUUAACGGUAUGUCUAAAAUUAGGAUUAUGAAAAAUGCUAACAGAACACGUGCAAACUUGCACUGUCUACAUGGUGGUAAUGUCAGCAAACGUGAUUCUGCAAAUUCGAACCUGUCCAAUAUGAAAAAAGAAAAUAGCUCAGUUGAUCAUACGAGCAGGAAUUUUGUCAGAGAUACGAGCAGCUAUUCAGAUUCGAACUGCAGUUCAAAUUCAGACGCUGGUUCAGAUGCUUCCCCAUAUUUAACUGCUCCAGAUCGAAAGACAAACAAAAGCUUGCACACAGAUGCAGAAAACUCGCACAAGAAAUAUUCAAAAAAGGAAGAUAGUCACGUUCAUAAUUCUCGUGUUAAGCAUACCCAAAUGGAUACUCUAACAAAUGACAAAAAGGAAUUAUGCAAAGAUGCAAAUUUAUGUGACAGACAGAAUUGGACAAAACAAAGUGAUUCCUUGGAGGGAUGCACAUUUACUCAUGUGAAACAGAAUGAUGAUGGACGGAAGGAUAAACAAGAAUUUCCUUUUUUCAAAAAUAGAGAUAGUUGCACUGAUGUAUUUCUUUGUUUACCACGCAAUCAGAAACAUAACAUGUAUGAGGAGAUAAUAAAUAUAGGGAAAAUGGCUAUUCAGAAUAAUUUCUCAACUAUUAACACUUUUAGAAAUGUUAUGAAACUUCGACUAGGAUGUAACCUGAUGAGAAAGCCUGUGACAAAGAGGAAUAUUCUCAACUCUGUCUCAUUCAAAGUGGCUAGUGAUGAACCAAAUUAUCAAGAUGGUCUACAAUCCCUUUGUGAGGAAAUUUCUCCAAAUGAAUAUACACAAGACAUGCACAAUAUGAGAGAAAGAAAAAAUUGGGAUAAGAAGCUCGAUGGAAGUUCCAUGGGAGCAAACUCGAGGAUGAAAACAGGGGAAGAUGAAGACCAGUUCUCGUCGGAAGAAGACAUAAAAUCAGAAUCUAAUUUUGAAUCCAACUUAGAAAUCGGGCACGAAAUUGGUCAAGCGGUCAAGCAUGAAAUUGGUCAAGUAGCCCAACAUGAAAUUGGUCAAGUAGCCCAACAUGAAAUUGGUCAAGUAGCCCAACAUGAAAUUGGUCAAGUAGACCAACAUGAAAUCGAUCAAGCAGCCCAACAUGAAGCCGAUCAGGUAGCCAAGCACAAAAUUGGUCAAGUAGCCAGACACGAAGCCGAUCAGGUAGCCAAGCACAAAAAUGAUCAAGUAGCCAGGCACGAAGCCGAUCAAGUAGCCAAGCACGAAGCCAAGCCAGAAACAAAACCGGAGGAGCGAUCGACAUUACACCAUCUGGUGACUCCACAAAAGAAUACCAAAGAAGAUGACCUGUGUCCAAAUGUGUACGAAAUAAAAAACAUGAACAACUUUGCUUGCGCGAACAGUGGGUUCAGUGCAAGCGAUAUUGAUAAUAUCAAUAGAGAGAAUUUAUUCCUACCCAUACAUGUUAUGAUAUUAAGAGAAAAAGCACAUAUAAAAAAAAAAUUAGAUGAAUUAAAAUAUUUUAAAAUACCCAAUUUUUUUCUGAAUAAAUCAGAAUAUAUUUCUUGCUUUAUGAACGCCACUCUUUACCAAAUUUAUUACGAAAUAGAAAAUAAAAUUUUAUCUGUUCAUCACCACUUGAUACCUCUGUUAGGUGAGUUAAGUCGUUAUUCAGGGUUCAGGGGAAGUAGCCACCUAAGCAUUAAUGGAUCAAUGGGUAUGGGAUGGAGAAAUGGACAAUCUACGAAUUAUAAAAGAGGUAUCGGAUUUCCAAGUGUAAAUUUUACCAAGGAUGGAAAGUGUGUAAAUGAGAACAUCACAAGGAUUCAAGAUAAGAGGAAAAAUUACAGCCAUGAAGAGGAUGAUUACAUCUUGGCCAUGCAAAAUGUAGAAGUGAUUUGCAGCUCAUCAGGAGAAACAAAAGGAAAAUUUAUAAGUAAGUUCUCCCAAGGGAAUAGCAAAAGUAUGAAAAGAUUUUUUCUUAGAAGAACAGAAAAAAAUUUUUUAUUUGUAGACAGGAAAAAGAAAAUACAACUUACAAAAGAUGAUGAUUUGAAUAAAUAUAUACAUAUGAACCAUUUAAUUAUUAUGAGUAAAAAUAAUUCGUAUGUAGAAAAUGUCGAUUUACUAAUUUUUAUAACCAAAUGGAGCAGGUUCAAGGAGAAUCAUAUCGAGAUAUAUCCAUUAACCAUAAAUACAUUUACAUAUAUGAAUGAACAAUUUGAUGUGGAAGAAAAUAUAAAGUCAAAGGAAUUUCUUUAUUUUAUAAAAAAACACAAAAUAAAAACUUUUUCUUCUUGUCUAUUUUUGAUUAAUUUAGGACAAUAUAUAGAAAAUUUAAAGCAUCUUUUUUACUUUUUUCAAAAUUUAAAUAAAGAAAAAGUUCCAUUAAACAGGUUCUAUAUCCCUCCUUAUAUGCCCAAACGAGAUAUAAUAAACCUCGAUAGCUUAUGCCUCCAACUUGGAAUAAAAACACGUGCAAGCGUCUCGUCUUUUGAGUUGAUAAAUCUGAAUAAUGUUGACGUUGGGUACAAGAACAAGCUUCUGAGAAAGCUUAAAUGGAAUGAAAAAUUAAACAACAAGCAGAAGCUUGUGAUUGAGUGUGUGCUGGAUUGGUUCACCUACAGGAAAGAACAGAAUCUUAAGCGGAGCCGUAAAGAGAGCCACGAAAAGGGCCACGAAGAGGGGUACAACCAGAACCACGAACUGAGUCAUAACCAGAAUCAAACUGGGGUUCUACAUGACCAGGCCAUGGCGAACAGGAAAGAGCAGAAUCAGCUCCAUGUACCCAAUUCCAAUCCAGCUUCUGCAUCGGAUGGAGAAAAAUCAAGUGAGACGUUACACCAACGUGGAAGCAGUAUCCUUGUCAACGGAAUAUUUGGAUCCGGAAAAAGCACUCUCAUAUGUAAUGUCAUAUGGUAUCUCAACAAAGUAUUGGCUUUAGAAGAGAGGAAUUCGAAAGGCAGACGUGGUAGAAGUGAUGGAAGUAGUCGGAGCGAUGGGAGUGACGGAAGACAAAAACUCUUACAGCAACAGAUGAACCAACGAAGACUCGGGAGGGAAAAGAAGAAAAUCCUACUCAUGUGCAAUACAAAUUUGGGUAUAGACAAUAUCUUGCUAAAGUUAAAAUUCGAGUUUGACUUUCAUGACUAUGCUAGAAUAGGAAACAUUUUUGAAAUAAAUUUUUUUUUAAUUACAAAUUUUAUCAGCAUCAACUCGAAAGACGAAAGGCAUGCUCACGAAGUUAGAAACUACCUGAACAAUUUUGUGCACUCUUCAGCAGAAGGCCAAAUCGGUGAUGCGGUCGCCUCGAAAGAUGCACUCGUGUCGAAAGAUGCAGUGGUGUCGAAAGAUUCAAUCGCUUCCAAUGAUGUAAGCAUCUCCAAUGAUGUAACGAUGCCCAAUGAUGUAACGAUGUCCAAUGAUGUAACGAUGUCCAAGGAGGAAACCGCUUCCAGUGAGAAGCUGCACAAAAUAAAAGACAUGAACACGCUAUUGUCGACUCUGAAGAAGAAGAAUCAACUGGUUCUGAGGAACAAAUACAAGAACAAGAGAGUGAUUGCAGGUACAUGUAAGAGUUUAGAGAUAUUUGAAAAAUUAAGUAGAAUAAGAAAAAGUAUUGAUUACUUAAUCGUGGAUGAGUGUACACAAAUAGACGAAUUGACACUUUUCAAAUUUUUCUUGAAAUUCGAAAUAAAGAAGUUUCUUUUUAUUGGGGAUGUGAAACAACUAGGAUUUGUUUUCAAAAGUCCAAGUGAUUUAACUAGAAGCAUGUUUUCUAGACUCAUCGAAAAUGAACUGUUUAUUGCAUACCACUUGAAAGGGCUCAGUGCAGAAUUAGAUCAAUACGAUGACAUGCAAAUACAGUUCGAAAAAACCAUAGAUGAUAUUAUGAAAACAGUUAGGAAUUUAAACGCAGAAGAAUAUUUUACUUUAAAAAAACAUGUAUAUGAUCAUAUGUUCGUUUUGCAUGAGGAUGAAUGCAAUAAAAAUGUAAGUACUACCGAUGAGAACAUGAAAGAAAGGGGUUCAUCACAUUAUGUGUCCGAUUCAGAAGAAAAUAAAAUUGUGGAAAAAAAAAAUCAACCUAAAAUAAAUGAACUUAUACGAAUGAACGAACAGUUCAGGUGUCAUCCCAAUAUCAGCAAUAUAUGUAGUCAUCUAUUUUACAAUGGAAAAAUUAAAAAUGCAAAGUGUACAGAAAAAAUACCAAUAAUGUACCAGAGGUACGAAUCACAUGUGAAUUUAAUAUUAAUCAGAAAAAAUCUCAGAGAAAUGAAGUUCAAUGCACCAUUCAUCAAUAUUGUAGAAGCAAAUAUCAUCCUGACCAUUUGUGAAAACAUGGUAAAGUGUAAUAUAAACCCUGAACACAUUGGAAUAAUUUCUCUCUUCAAAAACCAAGCGUUUUAUAUUAAAAAUAAAAUAAAGAAGUCAUCAAAUUAUACGGUUCUUAGAAAUAUAAAGGUUAGUACAGUUGAUUCUUUUCAAGGCAUUGAGAAGGAAAUUAUUUUCUUUUCUUGUGUCUUGGAUGCCAUAUCAUGUGGAGGUACUUCUAAGGGUACGAAGUCUGCUGGAGGCACUGUAGAAGAAAUGGGUGAUGAUAAAGAGAAAAACGUCCAUUCCAAUGUUGAGAUGGAUUCGUCCAACUUGUCAUCAAACCCAUCAUCAGGAAACUUUACAAAGGACACUUUCCAAUCAUUUUAUGAAAAUAAAAAUCGUAUAAAUGUUGCUCUCAGUAGGGCAAGAAGUCAACUAAUAAUCGUGGGUCACAACAGUUUUGUUGAACGAAGUAGUGUGUGGAGUUAUAUCAAAUCACAAUCGCGAGUUUACUAUUAUGAUUAA